UCUCUCCAUCUCACAACAGUUUUCCUUUUUUCCUCUAUCUCCUAUUUCCUUUUCUCGUCAUAGUCAUCAUAUUUCCUAAAUCGGAUUUUCUAGAUUCCUUCAGUCCGUCAAUCUCCUUUCGCUCCAUUCUGCCGCCCUACAACCACUACCGACCUUUUCCAUAAACCACCUCCAGGCGAGGCGCAGAAUCAUCAUCAACAUAACGGGACACUCGCUUCUUUUCUUGCAGGAUAAUCAGUAAUCUGCACGUCUUCACUAUAUACCGGGCGACUCUUCUUUUUUCUUUUUUUUUCUUCAACAUCUACUUUCCCCCGAGUUAUCAUGCCCAAACACACGCGGGCAUCCAGUUCGAGUCACAACCACAACCGUUACAGCAACCCGAUGCCAAUUUCUCUCGCUCCCGCAGCAAACCCAAUCGCAAUGUACAACCAACGCAUGGCCAUGCCGCAGACGGCCUACUACACCUUGCCGUCCUCUUCGGCCCCCAUGCAGCAACAGCCGCAGCCCACGUACGAAAGCUACGCCCCGGUGUCUGCGCCCCCGGUUUCCGUGCCUCCGAUGCAACACCGCGCCUCUUCGGGAGCCUGGACCCCGCAGGAUGAUCAGCAGCUGCUCGCGGCCCGCGCCCAGGGCCUCAACUGGAGCCAGAUCCAGACCACCUACUUCCCCAACAAGACUCCCAACGCCUGUAGAAAGCGCCAUGAGCGCCUGAUGGAGCGCAAGGGGGCCGACGACUGGGACAACCGCAAGCUUGAACGCCUGGCCAAGGAGUACAUGAGCAUGAGAAAGGAGAUCUGGUCCGGUCUUGCUGCUCGCACGGGAGAGAAGUGGAACGUCGUCGAGGCCAAGUGCAUGUCGAACGGUCUCAAGAACCUACAAAGCGCGGCCCGCGCCGGGGCCAGACGGGAGCGCCUGGAGUCAGGGCAGCCACUACCACCAGGGUAUGACGAUGACAGCGGCAUCAGCGGCCUCGGGUUAACCCCAGUUGACGAGCUAGACGCGUCCUACAGUAGCCCGGAGACCGUCUCCUCCGGACACUCCGCCAGCGGCAGCAGCGCCUCAGCCGCGGGCUACAUGGCCUCCCUGCACCACCUCCAGCCCAUGCACGCAGCGCAGUACGGCGGCUACGGCCACGCCACCGGCGCCCACCACGGAUACACCAGCUCCGUCUCCUCGAACGGCUCCGUCAACGGCGGAUACGGCGGCCACGGCCAGUCUCAGUCUCCCAGCCCGUACCUUCACCCCCACGGUCAGCGAUUGCCGAGCGUGGAUAUGGGCAUCGACGCCAUCAUCAACCGACCUGGCGGCAGCCACCAGCAGCAACCCAUGUGACUGCAUGGCUCCAACAAUGAGUCCUCUCAGUGGUCCUAAGUCCCAAGUCCUUGGCUCCUAGGGGUUGAGGAUUCCUCACCUUUUCUUUUUCAUUCUCCUUAUAGGUCAUGGCGUUGUCUUGCAGGUUUUCAGGAGGCGUUUUUGGUGUGGCAUGGGUAUUCAAAUUCACCUAAAGAUAGGCUUCUGUUUUCGACUUUAGUAAGAAACUUGGGCACUCUUUUCAAGUUAUCUUCCUUUUUGCGGGAUGGAUGAGCAGCACAAAGGGAGCCAUCUUUUGCUUCCGCAUAAUGACGAACGAACUACCAGAACAGCACCUGGGAUGGAAGGGAGGUUUUGUGAUAUUUGUUUUCGAUCUUGUAUACUAGCAUCUAUAGAGAUACCAGAGGAGAGAGACCAGGUUGAGACAAAAAGGAGGGAGAGGAACCUAGGAAACCGCCAAUGGAAUGCUUUUUAAACUUGAAAAAAACAAAGG